ACGUGGGACCCCGCCCCGCGGCGGCGCAGCCCGAAGACGCCUCUGGCGGUGCGCGGCGUGUUCUCCCGAUGGCCCAGUACGAGGAGGUGAGGGUGUCCGGCUUCGAGGAGUUCAACCGGGCUGUGGAGCAGCACAAGGGCAAAACUAUUUUCGCCUACUUCACCGGCUCUAAGGACGCCGGAGGGAAAAGCUGGUGCCCCGACUGCGUACAGGCUGAACCAGUUGUACAAGAGGGGCUGAAGCAUGUUGGCGAAGGAUGUGUGUUCAUCCACUGCCAAGUAGGAGAAAGACCUUAUUGGAAAGAUCCAAAUAAUGACUUCAGGAAAAAUCUGAAAAUAACUGCAGUGCCUACACUACUUAAAUAUGGAACACCUCAAAAACUGGUAGAAUCUGAGUGUCUUCAGGCCAACCUUGUGGAGAUGUUGUUCUCUGAAGAUUAAGAUUUGACAAUGGCAAUUGUGUCUUGAUUUCCUGAUUUGCUCCAGUAUAAAAGAAACUGCAUAGUUGCUUUGAAUUCAUGAUAGCAACAAAUAAAUAAAUGAUGGUGUAAAAAAAUUUA